ACACUGCAUCACAACACACGCCAGCCAGCCAUCGUCACACUGGUGAGCUCUGCACUCUGCUUAGCUCCGAGCUUCAGUGCCUUCGUUGUUUGCUCCACAGUCCACACACACACACGUCCAGCUAGCUGCACUGCACCAAUGGCCGCCGUCGAGGUCCAGGUCCCGACUGCCGCUCCCGUCGAGGAGGCUGCCCAGCUGGCCGCCGCCUCCGCCGUCGAGACCCCGAACGAGGAGACCGCUGCUCCGGCGGUGGAGACCGAGGUCGUCGUCGCUAAGGAGCCGGAGCCGGUGGAGGCCGAGACUGAGACUGAGACCAAGGAGGCCGAGGCCGUUGCUGAGCCGACCGAGGCAGAGCCCAAGGAAGCAGAGCCGGAGGCCGCCGCGCCGGCAGCAGAGACGGAGGUCAAGGAAGCAGAGACGGAGGCCGCCGCGCCGGCAGCAGAGACGGAGGCUGCUGCUGCCCCGGUCGAGGCUGCUGAGCCGGAGAUAGCCGCCGAGACCAAAGAGGUGGCGGCUGUGGAGGCUAACGAGGAGGAGGAGGAGGCAGCGCCUGCUGUUGCUGCCACUCCUGAGGUCGCAGCGACCGAGGAGGAAGCGGCGGCCCCUGCUCCCGAGGCCGCCGUCGAGAAGUCCGUCGAGUGAGUCCAGCCCAGCGCCGGACGGCGGCCGAUCUAGCUCGCUGCGUCAGCCUGUCACCUGGCGACUGGCGUGCGCCGCGCUGGUGCCACUGCCACGGCAACAGCACGGCAUGGCGCCGGCAUAGGUCGCUAGGAAAAACCUGCUUUUGUGUUCGGGUUCACGUCGUGUCCUACGUGGCGCGGCGGGCCCCGCCUAGUAAAGGAGCGUCGUUUUGUGUUGUGGUCGAAUAAAUAAUGUGUCUGUGUGCUGAUUCCGUGUCGGGUUAGUGGGCCCAGUGUCGGUGCUGAUGUGGCCUACCUUUACAGCACAUCGGUGGGACUGGGCCGUUGAGCUCCUGUGUCGUUUAAUAUGUGUACGGUGUACCCAUCUAGUAUGUGUUUCGAGUGUGUAGUAAGUAUAUUUGUGUCCCAUCCAUCUUUCGAAACUUUCUUUUUGUUAAGCUCUUGAAGCGUGAACUCUGUUACGAGCUGCUCGCCCUAUUCUAAAUUAUAAAAUAUUUUAGU